AGGCCAUUCUGAGUAUUUCCCUCUCGUCGCCGGAGGCCGCGUUAAGUACUCCGGCACGGACUGUCAAAAGCUCUCCGGUGGGAGGUACACAGCGCAAUGUUGUUCGUGAAAUUGUUAGUUUCCGUCUCAAACAGACUGAAAGUAACCACAACCUACUACACGGCGUGAAGUCAAGUGUUGUGGCGUGUGGGCGAACAAAAGUAUGCUCACAACUGGAGCAUUGGUUGUAUCCAAAAAAUUUUUUGGUAGAACAUUUUGUGCACAGCAGUGCAAGUGCCUCUUUCUUGGACAAUACGUAUCUUUCUGGUCCAUCACCCGCGAUGAUGAAGGUGCCAGUGACGGUGGUAACGCUGCAUGGUGUGAUGGCGUGGACCCAUCUCAGCCCGCAAAAUCAGUCAAGCAACGAUCGAGUGGUUAUUUAUCGCAACUUCUCACGCUUAAUUUCCGUUCAGCAAAAUGAUGCUGGUCGUUGGUUAAUAACGAACGAUAUGGUGUCACUGUACCCAUUUCCAGGGGACGCAGCAAGCCCGUCAAAGAAGGGUGAUGCUAACGCUAGUACUCAAAUCAGCUUGAGUGAGUGCCGUAUUCUUUUUAGUCCCAGAGACGAUCGCAGUCGUGCUGAGGUACUUGGCAGAAAAAAGAAUGUACCAAUGGAGGUGGUGUUGGCAUUGAGUCAACAUGUGAGCAAUGAUGCAGAGCUAAUAACUGUGCUCAACGACAUUGGAGGUGUGCCGCUGAGCAUGUAUGAGCACUGCGCCACACUAGCAGGAGAGAAUAUACUAGAGAGUAUUCAGGUAUGCCGUAUAGGUAACCGGUUUGGAUUGGCCCCAGAAGAAGGUUUGGAAUUGCUUCGAAGGGUGGGUGGAAAUUGGUGUGCUGUCGAGGAAGCGAUGGCUGCAGCUGUAGGGGUAACACCACAGGCAUCAUAG